UUAAUACGAUAUAAUGGCUUUUCAACUGGACGAUUUACUGAGGGACGACAAGAGGGAUGGCAAUUUAAUUCCCGACUUGAGUAAAGCUACGUGUAAUUCACAGGAUGAAUUCCGGCGGCUUCGUGAACGCUGUCCCGAGUACAAGAUUAAGCCAGAGAAGCUCAAGAGGGAAGACGCGAAAGUUAGGGAUAAGGAUUUCUCAUGGAGGACUACGAAGAAGGAGAUGAAGUUGAUGGAGCGAGAGUGGGGAUAUGGUGAUCCGAUUCCACCGGAUAUGAGGAGCUUGGAUCUUCAAGAGCUUCAGAGGGUGGCUAUUGACUGGAGGAUGUUGACACCCUUGAGGCCGAAGCUGAGAGCUGACGAGGAGAUGUUUUCUCGAUUGGUGGAAAUGGGAAAACUUGAAUUAAAGACAUUAGCAAAAGAUCGUCGUAUCUCCAUCAGCCCCAUCCGUCGGAGUAAGAAUCGCGCUGGAAUAAUCGAGAGCAGCGUAAAAAUUUGCGGUGAAUGUGGUGAAGAGUAUUGCUUCACCGAGACAUGUGGUGAUAUCCUCUACGAGUCAUUCACCCGUGUCGCAGUGGCACCCCAACAACAGAAGAUCAAAGUUUCGGAGGACACUGCCGCCAUAAUCGCUGGUAUGAACAAAGGCAAACGAAAAAAGAAAAAGAAAGGGCUGAGGAUUAAAGUCAGUGUGCCGGCUCGCAAGAGUGCGAGAUUAGUGACGAAGAGAAAACCGAAGAAGAGUAAGAGCGAUAGUACAAAGGGAACUACUGCCAGUGGAGACAUGAGUGAAAAUGAUGGCAAAGUGAAGAAAUUCAAGCGUAAGUGCAGCAAGCACCCGAAGAAGAGUCAUUUGUUACCGAAAUAAUAAAAACCAAAUGUGCAUUUCAAUCUUGAAUAUUCUAUUUAUGAAGAAUGACGAACAAAAUGUUGAGAAUUGUUGACUGAAAUAAAUUUUAUGUUGUCUGUCUUAUUUUCAUUGAAAUUAUGUUUGAAAUAUAGUUGAUCUCUGGUUAAUUAUAUUAUUUUCCAUUUUGGACUAAAUGGAAAAAUCCAGAACUUUGUGGAACUGUUAAAAAACCAGAUAUCCAAUUUGAAAGCUAAUGGUAGUACUUAUAAACUAAACAUGUGUAUGUUUUAUUAAUUUAAAUAUAUAAUUGACGAUUGAG